AUGGCGAUCUUCGACUCCGAGAAACGCCCUCGUGGUCUACGAGUUCCCUCUCUUUCAAAAAUCAAAGCCGGCGCUUCCCGCAAGAAAUCCGAGCCGAAGAGUCCAGACACCGACGACGAGCCAUCACCCCCGCUACCAGCUUUGGACUUUGAUCUAGUCCCAGUUGUCAAUUCUACCCUGAGGCUGCAUCCUCCACCAACUAAAGAAUUGCCUUCUCCUCCUAAGGAUCAACUGCCUCCUCCAAUCCAGAUUUCAACUCAGGUCCCAGCUCGCCGAGAAUUGAGCAGCAAUACGCGUCCUGUUGUGAAUCCUCAGACUCUGGCAAGAGGCAUCAGACCAGCUGGUGCUUCACCAGUCUCACCAUUGGACGCGCAUCUGCAACAUCCACCGCCGAUUCAAACACAAACGACACCGGCUGUGGUUUCAUCUACAGCUGCAUACCCACAGGCUGCAUACCCACAGGCUGCAUACCAACAAUCUGCCCCACAAGGUGCAUAUCAACAAGUUGCAGCCACACCUACUUAUCAGCUGGCACCUCCACAACCUCUACAACCUCUAUCUCCAGAAUCACUUUAUUCACCAACUACUAUACAAGCAGCAAAUAAAGAUGAAUCCAUUUCUCCAACGGAUACAUCGGCACCAGAAGCAGACAAUGUGACUCCAUUGGAAGACUUCAUUCCAACACCAGAGAGCGAUACUUCGCCCGUCGAGCCCGUCGACAACCAACCAUUCCUACCUUCAGAUUACGAGCCCGUCGCUGCACCAUUGAACCAGCUCCACUAUAACUGUUUCCAGGAACACAAGUCCAUGCCUGUUGCCCAGAACCAGUGGUACUCGCUCCCAUGCAUGACUUGCCAGAAAUUCGACCGUGAGGUCCGUCACCGCUGUGUCUUUUGCUGCCUGCGCAUUUGUGGCAGUUGCCACAAGUCAUUACAGAAACUCCAGAAUCAUUCUUUAGGACAGUUGAUGAAGAACCUCGAGAGCGUCGAGUGA